AUGGAGCGUUCCGCUUGGCCUAAGAACCUCUCCUCCAGCGGCAAGCGCGCGAUCCAGGAUCUCUGUGGCCAAAAUCCCAAGAAGCUCAGAGAUGCCUUCGACGCUCACUCUCAAACUGGCGAUGACCCACGGCAGCCCUUGUUUGCGGGAGAUCUGAUCGUCAGCGUCCUCGGGUCGUUCAGCAGCAACACCCAAUCCCUAUCGAGCGGGGCUGAGUCCUAUGAGGUCUUGCAGCUCCCAAGCAACGCCUGUGUCAUGUCCGGGGUCUCUAAGGGAAGUGAGAGCGUCAAGACCCCCGUCCGGAGACUCCAGAGGUGUCCGGUAUCCAUCUCGUGGGAGCAGUCGGUAGUGGAGGCUGCGACGGCGAUAUACAAGGGCAGAGUAGACGUGGCUUCGGAGAUCCUGAUGCGCUUGUCUGCCGUGCCGAACCCCAUGAGUAAUUCAGAGCAGAAAGUGAUGGGAUACAUGUUGUCUGCGCUUAAAUCGCGCGUGAGCCCAGUCGAUUACCCCCGUCCCGUGGCGGAGCUGUUCACCGAGGAACAUUUGUUGUCGGCUCGGUCACUUUACGAUCUGUCCCCUUGUUUCAGGGCCGGUUUCAUGGCUGCCAAUAACGCGAUUUUGGAAGCUGCAUCGGAGCAACCCUCCACUAACAAGAUCCAUGUUAUUGAUUUCGAUACUGGACGGGAAAGACAGUACAACCAUCUCCUUCGCGCGCUGUCCAAGCGUCAGACGAGCAAUCAAUCCACCCUCAAGAUCACGACGCUCGCAGAUAGCAUCAACAGUGAGGAGAGGCUCAAGAUGGUUGGGGACCGACUGAGCGAACUCGCGGCCAAAAAGGGAGUUAGGUUAGUAUUCAACAUCUUGAGCCAGAAGCUGAGCAAGUUGAGCCGCGACUCGCUGGGCUGCGAGCCCGACGAGAUGCUGGCGGUGAACUUGGCCUUCAAGCUGUACAGAAUGCCGGACGACAGCGUGUCUGUGGAGAACUCGCGCGAUGAGCUCCUCCGGGGCGUGAAGGGUCUGGCGCCGCGGGUGGUGGUGCUGGUGGAGCAGGAGAUGAACGGGAACACGGCGCCAUUCCCGACGCGCGUUGGGGAGGCGCUGGCGUACUACGGGGCGCUGCUAGAGUCGAUCGAGUCUACAGUGCUGAGGGACGACUCGGAGCGAGCGAGGGCGGAGGAGGGGCUGAGUCGGAGAUUGGGGAACUCGGUUGCUUGCGAAGGUAAGGACCGGGUUGAAAGAUGCGAGGUGUUCGAGGAGUGGAGGGCCCGCAUGGGGAUGGCUGGGUUCGAGUUGAAGCCACUGGGUCAACGCAUGGGUCAAGGCGUGGCCCAAUUAAUGAACUUGGUCAACCCGGGACACACGGGGAAAGAAGAGGAUGGUGGGUUUUGCUUCGGCUGGCGCGGCCGAACUCUCAUUGUCGCAUCCGCUUGGCGUUAA